AUGGGAUUCGUUAAGAAAGUGAAAUCUAAAGUUUUUUUAUAUGCGAGCUAUUUGUUUGGUGUUUGCAUAGGCACGAGUCCGAAGUAUAUGAGCUCAGAGGCAAAUGAUACACAAAGCAUGGGAAGCAAAUGCUCUUCUGUGUCUGUCAGAACAAGCCCUCGAACGGAAGGAGAGAUCUUGCAAUCUCCAAACCUCAAAAGUUUCAGCUUUGCUGAGCUCAAAGCAGCAACUAGGAAUUUCAGACCAGAUAGUGUUCUUGGUGAAGGUGGAUUCGGUUGCGUCUUUAAAGGAUGGAUUGAUGAGGAAUCUCUGACUGCAUCUAAACCAGGAACCGGUAUGGUUAUUGCUGUCAAAAGACUUAACAAAGAGGGUUGGCAAGGUCAUCAAGAAUGGCUGGCGGAAGUCAAUUACCUGGGUCGGCUUUCUCACCCAAAUCUUGUGAAACUCAUCGGUUACUGCUUAGAGGAUGAGCAUCAUCUUCUUGUGUAUGAGUUCAUGCCUUGUGGAAGCUUAGAGAAUCAUUUAUUCAGAAGUAUUGUCUUCUCUUCUCUUGUUUAUUCAUCUGGUAAUUCGAAAUGUUAUUCAAUCUUGUUUCCUUUUGUUGCAGGAGGUUCCUACUUCGAACCAUUAUCUUGGAAUCUUCGGUUGAAAAUUGCUCUUGGUUGUGCAAAAGGUCUAGCUUUUCUUCACAGCGCCGAGACGCAAGUCAUAUACCGCGACUUCAAAACCUCUAAUAUACUUCUUGAUUCGAACUACAAUGCUAAGCUAUCUGAUUUCGGUUUGGCUAAAGACGGUCCAACAGGUGAUGACAGCCAUGUCUCUACAAGGGUCAUAGGUACAUAUGGGUACGCAGACCCUGAUUACCUUAUCAACGGUCAUUUAACAACCAAGAGUGAUGUCUAUAGCUACGGUGUUGUACUUUUGGAGAUGUUGUCUGGUCGUAAAGUUGUGGACAAUAAUCGUCCACCGAGAGAGCAAAAACUGGUUGAUUGGGCAAAACCGUUACUUGCAAGCAAGAAGAAGAUUUCACGAGUUAUCGAUAACCGUAUCCGAGAUCAAUGCUCAGUGGAAGAAGCAUAUAAAGUAGCUACCCACGUGUUGGGAUGUCUCAACAUUGACAAAAAUCUGAGGCCAAACAUGAACGAGAUUGUUUCUCACCUCGAAAACAUCCAAGCUUUGCAUGAUGCAGGAGGAAAAGACAUCGAUAAGAUCGAGAGAAAAAUGCGUAGGAGAAGAGACAGUUUUGCUCAACAAACAGCUGUAGACGGAGUAGCAGCUGCUUAUCCACGUCCUUCUGCUUCGCCUCUGUUUGUCUAA